AAUUAUACAUAUUACGUUAUAUUACAGAGAAUAUGGCUUGUAUAAUUUUUUAUUGAAAAUAUAUUUCAGGUGGCAUUGAAAUUCAACGUUCAACGGCGACGUUCGACAGUGUCAUAUAUUUCAAUGAUAUUUUUAACCGCCGGUGAAUAAUCCAUAUAGAUAUAAGGUUAAUCGGAUACUUUGACUCGAUCGUUAACAUUGACUCAAGAAACUCUUGCCAAAAUAUGCAAAACGAUUCAAGUGCUCCAACUGCAAUCGUUCAAAGAGAGGAAGACCGAAAGCCAGUCAUUAUUUUUGGACGCAAUAUCGCAGAAAUUCCUUGUUUCAGAAAUAGUUUUCUAUACGGUAUCUCCAGUGGUAUCGGAGGUGGAUUGUUAGCAUUUUUAUUUACAAGUCGUCCCAAACUUGCUAUGCAUUGCACAAUGGCUACAUAUUUCAAUGUAACAAUAGGUUAUUGGUUUUAUUGUCGUUAUACUAGAGAUCUGGAUCAUUUUAAUGCUAUCCGAAUGCAAGAUAUAUUUCAAAAUGCCGCUGUGUUGGAAGGUACGGAAGAGGGGCCAGAAAUUGUAAUAGAUAAAGAACUAGUUGAUGUUUAGAUAUCAUUUAUUAAUUUUGUAUAUACUAGUUAAAUAUACCAAGUUUAUGUUACAA